CGCACCACGCUCAUCGGGCACACUGGUCCCGUCUAUGCUGUUUGCUUACGCUCCGACGGCCAAGUGCUUCUUACUGGUGGCGGCGACGCAAAACUCAUGAUUUGGAACGUCGUCACUGGAGAGCUUCAACAGGAAAUAUGCGACGUGUUUCAUGGGGCCAUCGGAUCGGUGUGCUGGGUUGACUUCGAGGGGCGAGGGGACGAUGGAUUUGCUUACGGCUGCUCGAACGGUACAAUUCACGUCUACAAAUGGAGUCCCAUCCGUGGUCAAUACGUGUUUGUGUCACUUACCGACGCACACCGAGGGAGGCAAGUCCAGGACAUCCGCUUCAAUUCUAAAUACCGUCGCAUUGCAAGCAUCGGCGACGGUAGCCCAUGCGUGUGGCGUAUUGACGACAGGGGUAUUUUAUCCACGAUGGUGAAGGAUGCGCCCCGCCGUGCGUUCAUGGGGCGCACCGUGCAUUUCUGCGACGACGGCGCAAGCAUUCUGGCGACGUUCUUGGAGACUCAUGAAAUG